AUGGUGAACCCUUUUUCUCUCAUUCAACGCGGCUUGAACAUUCUGCUGCCUUUCGCGACUCCCGGCACACCCUUGUACCAGGAUCUACUGCAUCUGGCCGCCUUAUGCACGGCAUUGUAUUAUGCGCCUCAGAUCCAGGCCUACAUCCAGGAACAACGGCAGUCACAACACAAUCAAGCAGAGGAUCAAUCUGAGCAACAAAUUGCUCACGACGAAGAUCAAAUUCCGGAGCAGGAUCAACCAGAAGCGAUUCCUCCACCACGACCUUUCAUCGAGGAUGCCGAGGCAGAUGAGCAAGAACAACCGGAUGCUCCCUUCAACGACUUUGCUGGUCCUGCAGGACUGCCUCAAGACGAUGACGAUGGAGAGCCUGGUCCCGUUAAUCCACGUCCUCAAGCACCUCCAGGCAGUAACACCAAUCGCACAGUUGGUGCCAAGAAAGCAAAGUCUCUACAACGUCGUGACCAACGCCGUGCCUAUCACGAAUUUAUGCGCUCUCAGGGAGAGGCUCAACGUGCCAGAGAUGCAGAGGGAGCAGAGGAACGUGAAGCACAGCUUGCAGCCGAAAGGGCUAGACGUGCAGCAAAGGAAGCUGAGUUUGAGGCUAAGCGGGCGAAGGAGAGGGAGGGAAAGAGGUUGAAAGAAGAGAAGGCGAGAGAAGCAGAACUUCAGAGACGAGAGAGGGCUGUGCAACUCGCAAGAGAAGAACUUGAGACUAGACAGGUCGUUGAUCUGGAGGAUGUUGCAAGACGAAUCGGGGGCAAUGUAGGGCGCGAGUGGGUUGAGGGACUGGUCAGAGCCUCGGGACUGCUUCUUGAGAGUCAAGGACAAAGCCGUACCAUGAUCACCUCGAACGGAUGGAUGGUCCGGGUGGAGAGAGAAGACAUGGAGACUCUUUACAGGGAGGCUGCUACAGCUGCGAAUGAGACUGACGGUACAGUGGCAUACGCAGAUCUUGGCGCCAAACUUGAGAAAAUUCUAGACAAAGGCCUUUCCGCUAGGUAA